AUGGCAACCGACGUCGAGAAAAUCGGCCGCGUUAACCCGCCAGUCGAGACACCUGUGCUCGAGACCAACGAGAAGCUCGCCCUUGACCAGGUCGACGGUGCUCUUGCCUUCCUCCGCAACGAAGCCGAUGCGUCCAUCGCCGAGUUGGACGAGAAGAGCCUUCUCCGCCGCAUUGACUGGCUCAUCAUGCCUAUGCUAUUUGGCGUCUAUAUUCUCCAGUACAUCGACAAGAGUCUAAUCAACUAUGCCAACGUGAUGGGACUGAGCAAGGACACGCACAUGAGUGCGGCUGACUUUUCCUACCUGGCCACUUUCUUCUAUGUCACCUUUGCCGUCUUCCAGCCAGUGCACGCGUACCUGAUGCAGAAGUUUCCAACCGCAAAGUACCUCGCUGUGAACGUUGUCUUGUGGGGCGUCUCUCUGGCAGUCCACAGCGCAUGCCAUAACUUCUCCGGUCUCAUCGUUGUUCGGUUGCUUCUGGGUGUCUUUGAGUCAGCCAGCGCUCCAUGCUUGAUUCUGAUUACCGGCAUGUGGUACAAACGCGCGGAGCAGCCUCUAAGAGUGGCCAUCUGGUAUCUUGGUGUGGGCGGUGGAACCAUCGUCGGAGCCCUCGCCUCCUUUGGCUUUCAAUACUAUCAUGCAACGACGUUCAAAUCGUGGCAGAUCAUGUUCCUGGUCUUUGGAAUCAUCACUGUCGCCUGGGGAAUUGUCGUCUUCCUCAUCCUGCCCGAUUCUCCCAUGGCUUCGCCCUUCACGCACGAAGAGAAAGUCUUCGCAAUUGAACGACUGCGCGAGAACAUGACUGGGAUCGAGAACAAGACUUUCAAAAGGCCGCAGUUUCUGGAAACUAUUUUUGAUCCGCGGACGUGGCUCAUCGCCGUCAUCAUAAUUGCUGGGAACGUCCCCACAGGCGCAUGUGGGACAUACUCUUCGACUCUGAUCAAAGGCUUCGGGUAUACCUCCAAGCAAUCAGCCUUACUCAAUAUCCCCAGCGGUGCAAUAUCAAUGACCGCGGUCCUCUCCGCGUCAUGGUAUGCGGGCAAAUUCAACAACCGCGGAUACGGAAUUGUGGCUCUCCUCCUCCCUGGCGUGCUGGGAGGCGGUCUGAUGGCUUUCCUGCCAAAGAGUGACAAGGCAGGGAAACUGGCAGGCAUCUACCUUACCCAGGUUUUUGGGCCAAAUCUCUCGAUGAUGUACUCUUGGGCCGCGGCCAACUAUGCAGGACACACCAAGAAAAUCAGCAUCAACGCCAUCAUUCUUUUUGCUUAUGGUGCAUCCAACAUUAUCGGACCCUUGACCUUCACUGGCUACACGGCCCCCGAGUACAUUCCAGCCAAAGUUGCCAUCAUGGCCUGUCUAUCCCUGGCCAUCGUUGCCGCGUUGGCUUUGAGGUUCUGGUACUCCUGGGAGAACAGACGUCGGGAUCACCUCGCGGCCGCCGAGGGAUACGUGCACGUUCCCGACACAGAGUUCAUGGAUUUGACGGACAAGCAGAACCUCGAGUUCAGAUAUGCACUGUAG